GUCGCUGUCAAAAGAUCCCCCAAAAUUCACCACACCAGCAAGAAAUAUUUCAACUUUCGAGGGCAUCUACCUUCUAAUUCAAUAAAAUGAAAAGUACAUCCAGCAUCUGCAAUCGUUCCUCACAAAAAUAACGCAAAAUUUCUUCCAGAAUCCCACAGAAGCUCCCAACGAAAAUCAACCACACCUCGUGAAAGAUCACACUUUAGAGAACAUGAUUUCCGCAAAACAUCGAGUAUUACGGCAGCCUCGAUGUUAGUUGAGGCCGAGUUUGUGGCCGCCAACCCAGCUGCUUUACACAAAGUGGUUUGGAAACCAUUUUGUUUAGUAUUCCGGAACAUGUCGUUUUUUACGCGAUAUAACUGAGAAAGAUCGGUUUGGUUCUGCAAGAGAGUGCGGCACUUCCGGAGGAGCAGGCCCAUGGUUUAAGACACAUCAAAAAUGCCUCGUCCUUUUCGUCGCACGGAGAGCCCCAGGGGGUACCAGUCCAUGACGGCCGAUUCGACCCCCGACAUGGACAUCGUCAAGUCCGAGUACAUGACUAGCCCCCAUUUGCUAGACCAUGGCUAUGGGGCCACUCCGCAAAACCAGUUGAUUCCGUCGGCGACUCCGAACGCCAUCGCGCCCGUCAAACGCAGACUUAACCUAGAACUCGAACGAAACCGAAUAGUUCCUUUGAAGCAAGAAUUUAAGCCGCCUCAUCCCAAAAAGCCGAAACGUGCAACGCCUACGAAGAAGAAUACAAGAUACGACACGUCCCUAGGACUCCUCACGCAGAAGUUCUCGGCUCUUCUGGAGGAUUCACCCAACGGCGUGGUGGACCUGAACAAGGCGUCCCAGCAGCUGAACGUACAGAAGCGGCGGAUAUACGAUAUUACGAACGUGCUCGAGGGGAUCGGAAUUAUCGAGAAGAAGUCGAAAAAUAAUAUACAAUGGAAGGCUAGCCAGAAAAACAACGAAAAAUUUCUUAGACUUACGAAAGAUUUGCAAGAUCUUGAGGAUCAAGAGAACGUCCUUAAUAGGAUGAUUGAUACCGUCGAAGCGCAGCUUUUAGGGUUAAGUAACGAUAAAAAUGGGUUUGUCACGUAUCAGGAUUUAAGGUCGAUAGAAAAGUUGAAGCAGAAUACUGUUAUAGUUGUCAAAGCCCCGCCGAACACUCAUUUGUCCGUUAAAACGGCUUCCAAGGAAGACGAGAAGUACAGUAUUCAGUUGAAGAGUGACACAGGGGAAAUCGAGGUGUUUCUCUGUCCAGAGUAUGUUCCACCUGCCAAGCCAAAGACUGAACCACUUCUGGAUCCACUUAAGGAUCUUAAAUUCAGUCCAAGUUUUGAUUUGACUACUCCGCCUGUGCCUCUUCUUGAUAGUCCUAGAACUACGCACAAACAAAUUUCUUCACAGAUAUGCAGGAACUUAUCUUUUACAAAAGAUCCUGUAGUCAGUGCCCGUACACCUCUAUCAGUACAAAAUUCAUUUACAUAUAAUAACGUUUUAACGUCAUCUCAAGAACCAGCGGCUGCAGAAAUGGACCCGUUACGACUUUCCCCCUAUCCCUUAUUGGUGGAUGGUUACCCGUCUUGUUUGGACUCCACACAAAGUUCUAAAUUGGGGACGGCACCCCUUAUUAAUGAUAAUGAGGUGCUAGGACCCAUGAUGGGACCUUAUUCCAUGCAUCCAGGAAAUACGCAAACAGGGUAUUCAAUCGACUCAUUUUUCUCGAAUGAGCCGUUUCUACACUUGGAACCGCCGGCAAUGCAAUCUGAAUACAACUUCAGUUUGGAUGCAAACGAAGGUUUACGAGAUCUCUUUGAUUUCUUAUAAAGGAAAUCAUUCGUCAUUAUUUGCUCAUGUACAAAUUCUUAUUUGCUUAUGAUCACAUUGAUUAUAACAAUUGAGGGUUCUCAAAAUUUGCAAAAUAGAUACUGAGCGGUUGGUGACGGAUUGUCUUUAAGGUCAAACAAACCACCGUACUUAAUUUUUAUGAUUAGCUAAGCAGCAGGAUUUUAAAUGUCAUCUUUGUGGUACAUAUUUAUAGAAAAAAGUUGAUGUUGAGGCAAAACGUGAAGCUCAAAAGAUACAUUCCAAAAUGUUGUACAAAUUGAUUGUCUUGGAUUUAUUCUAGAUAUGACGAGCAUAUUGCGUCUUACCACUUGGUGCUGUUUUGCAAUAAUGAGAGCCUUAUUUGUGUCAUUUCAUUCAUUUUGUAUUUAUUGUUGAGUUAACAUUGGUUAAAUAUUAAAAUUAGAUUUUUUACAAGUAUUUUGUAAGGAAACUGGACCAAAGUGCCUAUUUAUUUGGUCUUAUAUUAAUAUUUAAUUUUAUCAAAUGUCUCAAUAUAAAAUUAUUUAUUCAUUUUAGAAUUCAUCUAAUGUAACAAAAUCGUAUCACUAUCAGAAUUGUUAAUAUGAAAUGGAAUCAAAUGGUGCCAUUGGAAAAUCUCUUGUAAAUAUAUUUAUACACGCUUAUGGGGCAUUUUUGUCUGUUUUAAUUCCAUAAUUAGAAGUUUUAAGAGAAAAUUAUAUAGAUUUUACCUGCUGUUGUUUUUCUUUUUUGUUAGUUAAUACAUUGUUUGCACCCACUUACUGGAUACCCAGGCUGUCGUUGUUUUUAAGUAAAAUAAUGAUUGCAUAUGUUGCAAUAAGUCCGUACUAGUCUUCUUUUACAGAUGCAAUUUCUUAAUAUGAUUGUAACUAGUAAUUUUUGAACAAUAUUUUUAAAACUUGUUUGACUGAAUAUUUGGUUUUGCAAUUGGUGGGUGUUUUUGUUUAUUCAGUACAAUUAUUUUUUAAUUUUAAUUGUUACUCUUUCUGUAAAUAAGUUAUUUUAAUGUUUAUCUUUUAUAUUAUAUAUAAAUGUCCAAAGCCAAUAGAGGCCUUAAAUCAGUUCUGUAGAAACAUCACAUACAGGUGAUCUUUACCUGAUGCCCUAUUUGACUUAAUAUGAACUAUUAACAGACUAAAUUUUUAUUAUUUAUGAAGUCAUCAGUCUACACUUUUUGAUUACGCUUUCUUUGUUCAUUUUACUUAACGUUGUUUUUAUUGUUUGAUAAAGUUCUAUAAAACGUUUGUGUGUUUGCUGUAGUUUAGUUUUUAAGUUAAAAAGAAAACCCCUGGAUAAGAAUGUAACGUUGUUUAAAUAUUAAAAAUGUUAGAUUUUGUAUUCUAAUUUUUCUUCCAGUUAAAGCUUUAACUAUAUUUUGCUUGCCAUAAUGUAUUAUAGACAUUCUAGUGGUGUUGUGCGACUCUUUCAUCUUGAAAUACCAACAAUUCUUGUACUUUUCAUCUUGUUAGAAUUUUUUUCCCUUAAAAAUACUGAAAGGAAUCGAUCAUAUCAGAGCUUCAGGUGAAAGAGCUGCAGCUAUUUUGAUCGAAAGUGUAGCAGCUGGUGGCUGCCUAGAUGUAUAUUUUUAAAAGAUUUAUUCAUUUCAGUCCUAAGGCGUUAGUAAAUAUCACUCUGUACAUUUUUAUAAUGUACAUAAAAUUGUAAAUUAAAUAGAUGCACUUACGGUUUGGUUAUUUAA